AUGUCCUGGCCAUACGCGACGAGUGUCCCACCGUCCUCCUCGUUCACGGUAUUGAUGGUGACAGCACGGACGACACUGUCGGCAGUAACGUCAAAUUACACGACAGCCAACUUUAGUAACGACGUAAUCGGCGACGUCGUAACGAGAGAGGCCAACGAUAAGGAGGAGGAAUACAUACCUUACAGUGAUCGGCCUGAGACGUACAUCGUGCCGAUCGUUUUACUCCUGAUCAUGGUGAUCGGUCUCACCGGGAACGGCGUACUCGCCCUCACGAUCCUGCGACACGCCAAUAUGAGGAACGUACCCAACACGUACGUUCUGUCGCUGGCGCUCGGGGAUUUAUUGCUGAUAGUAAUAAGCGUCCCCUUCACCGCUAUCGUCUACAUUUUGGAUUCCUGGCCUUUCGGGCUCUUACUAUGCAAACUCGGCGAGUGCGUAAAGGACAUUUCCAUCGGAGUUUCCGUUUUCACGUUAACUGCUCUCUCGGCAGACAGAUUUUUCGCCAUUGUGGAUCCCAUGCGGAAAUUACACGUCACAGGUAGCGGUAGACGAGCUACGCACUUCACCGUGAUCGUCGCUGUGUUGAUCUGGAUCUUGGCUAUAGUGUGCGCUAUCCCGGCUUCCUUCUCGUAUAUCAGAGUCUUCAGGGUCAACCGAAAUGUGAGCUUUAGUGUGUGCUAUCCGUUUCCCGAGGAAUUUGGACCGAACUACCCGAAAGCGAUACUGAUAUGUCGUUUUUUCAUCUACUACAUGAUACCUCUCGGCAUCAUCGCCGUUUUUUAUAUGCUGAUGGCUAGGCACCUCAUGCACAGUACGAAAAAUAUACCUGGUGAGAUGCAAGGCCAGGUAAAGCAAGUGCUAGCCCGUAAGAAAGUAGCGAAGAUGGUAAUGGCCUUCGUCAUUAUAUUCGCCAUUUGUUUCUUCCCGCAACACGUCUUCAUGCUAUGGUUUUACAUUAAUCCGACCGCGGAGGAAGACUACAACGCUUUCUGGCACUAUUUCCGUAUCUUGGGUUUCUGCCUCGCGUUCACCAACAGCUGCAUCAACCCCAUCGCUCUCUAUUGCGUGAGUGGUACUUUCAGGAAGUACUUUGACAGAUACCUGUUGUGCUGCGCCGUGAAGAAAUUGCGGAGACGACAACGACGGUCGUCGGAUCUGAGUUCUCGCGGUCGCGGGCAAAGUUUCUCGCUCGUCAGCUCGAGGAAGUACUUGAGCGAAUCUCGUCGAGAACAACGAAGCAUCAUGCAUCUCCCUAUCAUGGCAGACGUUAGAACGAACACCCCUAUUAAGGAACAAGAAACUACUAUUAUUUUAUCGGCAUAUCCGAACGGCAACGAUGAGUCACUGAGACACCAACGAAAUUCGAUAGAACCAACCGUGCGCGAUCGGUUAAUCGUCUCUUGAAGAGAAGACAUUGAACAGAAGCUAUCGCAUCUUCAGCGAUUCACGUUUCUACAAACUAUCCGUAUAAAAUAAUUCUUACAGCAAUCACCUUAAUAUUAACUAAGGGAAUCUACGUUUUCAACAAUAUCCUCACGCGAGAGGACUCGCAAGCUCGAAGUUGCUGAAAUACGACUCGUCCAGUCUCAGCAAAGAGAAAGUAAUACUAUUUUUCAUACGCAUUUAGCAGUUACACGUAAUAGUCGAAGUUUUUUAAUAUUCGGACUUACUUGGUUAUAGUAUUAAGGUGAAAUAUGCGGUGAAGGUGACGCGUCGUUGGAUCCGAUGUAAUACGAUGCGAAUGAGCUUUCGUCUCGAAUUGUUUCGUGUAUGUGAUGUACGAGAGGAGUCUCGUUAAACAAUGAGAUAUUAUUAAUAUUAGCUAGUGUCAAUUAGUGACAUAAGCGAUGUGUACUAAGCGUCGACUUCGUAUGCAUUUACGAAGAAUUUUAAUAUAUCGUCCGACCAAGAAAUACUACAUUCCGCCGAAUAAGUUACAGUAUUAGAAUUUAGCUUCGAAACAAGAGAAAAUUAUAAAGAAAUGUAUUAUUAUACAGUCGUAAGAUUGGCGCUUACACACGUGUUUGUAGAGAAAAUAAUAAACGGAUAGAAGAAGCCAAAGGUAUUAUACGAAUCGAUAAGAGAACUUAACGUAAUAAAUAACUUAAGUCUACAG